GAAACGAAACGAAAAAAAAAAGUUACAGAUCCCAACUGAUCAUGUCAAUAAGUGACUGACCAAACACAGAAAUUAUUCUGAAUCUUCCCAAAAGAUUGUACAUAGAAUAAUAAUAAGAGAUGAGUAUAUAAUUUUGGUUAACAUAUCAGCUAACCACGUUCCUCGGUCACAUCACAUCUUACACAUCAUCCCCUUUUUUUGAACUGGUUUUAAGAUCCCAUCUUUCUUUCUCUUUCAUUUGUGUCAUAUUCAGGUCUGUCUUUUUGCCUGCUACAUUUACUUAACAACCCCAUUUUUCUUGCCCUUUCAAAAGUGCAUAUAGUUCUGUUUUUCUUUUAAGGCAAUUGGGGUUUGAAUGUUUCAGACCAAUUGUCUUGUCUCUAUAUAAAGUUUGUGUCUUUCUUGAAAUUUUAAGCUUUACAUGUGGAAUUUAGCAGGUUUUUCCAGUUUUGGGAGCCUUUAACUGACUCUUUGAAGAAUUUAGCAGGUGCUUCUGCAAUUAGGAAGAGUUGGACAUUCAUUUUUUAUAUAUAAUAUAAGGAAGAAUUUGAUUUAUUAAGGAUGAGUGGAGCUGUGCUAAUUGCACUUGCUGCAGCUAUUGGCAACUUGUUGCAGGGAUGGGACAAUGCGACAAUCGCAGGAUCUGUUCUUUACAUCAAGAAGGAAUUCAAUUUGCAAACACAGCCAACAAUGGAAGGGCUAAUUGUUGCGAUGUCUCUUAUUGGAGCAACAGUGAUCACAACAUUCUCUGGACCUGUAUCGGACAUGCUUGGGAGACGUCCAAUGCUGAUAAUUUCAUCGGUACUUUAUUUCCUCAGCGGAUUAGUGAUGUUAUGGUCUCCAAAUGUUUAUGUGUUGCUUUUAGCAAGGCUCUUAGAUGGAUUUGGAAUUGGUCUCGCUGUGACACUUGUUCCCGUCUAUAUAUCUGAGACUGCCCCACCAGAAAUAAGAGGGCAAUUGAAUACAUUUCCACAGUUCACUGGUUGUGUUGGAAUGUUUUUGUCAUACUGCAUGGUUUUUGGAAUGUCAUUGACGCCGUCGCCAAGUUGGAGGCUAAUGCUUGGGGUUCUCUCGAUUCCUUCUCUUGCUUAUUUCUUUUUUACGUUGUUUUACUUGCCCGAAUCUCCAAGGUGGCUGGUCAGUAAAGGUCGAAUGAAAGAGGCUAAACAAGUUUUACAGAGAUUACGUGGCAGGGAAGAUGUCUCAGGUGAAAUGGCCUUGCUAAUGGAGGGUUUAGGUGUUGGAGGUGAAGUAUCUAUAGAAGAAUAUAUAAUUGGUCCAGACAGUGAACUUGUCGACAACCAGGAUGAGAAAGAUCAAAUCAAGUUAUAUGGAGCCGAAGAAGGUCUUUCAUGGAUAGCCAAACCUGUGACUGGACAAAGUACUCUUGGUCUGGCUUCACGUCACGGGAGUAUGGCAAACCAAAGCAUGCUUAUGGAUCCGUUGGUCACUCUAUUUGGCAGCGUUCAUGAGAAGCUUCCGGAGAUGGGAAGCAUGCGAAGCAUGCUCUUUUCGAAUGUUGGCAGCAUGUUCAAUAUAACAGAGAAUCAAGAGAAACAUGAACAGUGGGAUGAAGAAAGCCAAAAGGACGACGAACAUCAUAUGUCCGAUGGUUCUGGGGCCGAAUCAGAUGAUAAUCUGAGAAGUCCGUUGCUCUCACGUCAAGGUACAAAUGCCGAAACAAAUAUGGGGCCUCCAACCUCAUUAAGCAUGAGACAAGGUAGCAAUCUCAUGCACGCAAAUGGCGAGCAAGCGAGCAUGGGUAUUGGCGGUGGAUGGCAGCUAGCGUACAGAAAAGAUGAGAAAAAGGAAGGAGCACUCAAAAGGAUUUAUUUACACGAAGAAGGAGGCGCUGGAUCACGGCGUGGGUCCAUUAUUUCCCUUCCAGGUGAUGCUCAUGCUGAAGGCGAAUUCAUACAUGCAGCUGCUUUAGUGAGUCAGUCUGUUCUUCGAGCAGACAGUCUCUUGGGUCAACAGUCUAUCGAAGAAGCAGUAGAGACACAACCUGAUGCUGUUACGAAGAGGCCAGGCUGGAAAGCACUUUUUGAGCCAGGGGUUAAGCAUGCAUUGAUUGUCGGAGUUGGAAUUCAAAUACUUCAGCAGUUUUCCGGAAUCAACGGGGUUCUCUAUUACACUCCUCAAAUUCUUGAACAAGCAGGAGUAGGAAUUUUGCUAUCGAAUAUGGGCAUCAGUUCUGAUUCUGCGUCUCUCCUCAUAAGUGCUGUCACAACUUUGUUAAUGCUUCCCAGCAUUGUUGUUGCGAUGAGACUAAUGGACUUUGCCGGCAGAAGGUGGCUUUUGUUGGCAACUUUGCCCGUCUUGUUAUCGUCACUUAUCGUACUUGUCAUUGGCAAUGUUAUUAGCCUGGGUGCCGUCAUGCAUGCUGUGAUCUCCACCAUUAGUGUUGUGGUCUACUUCUGCACCUUUGUCAUGGGGUUUGGUCCAAUCCCAAAUAUCCUCUGCUCCGAGAUAUUCCCCACUAGCGUUCGUGGAAUCUGCAUUGCUAUAUGCGCUCUUACAUUUUGGUUCGGAGACAUCAUUGUCACCUACUCGCUCCCCGUUAUGCUUACCUCCAUUGGACUUGGAGGCGUCUUUGGCAUUUACGCUGUUGUGUGUGCCUUGGCUUGGGUUUUUGUUUACUUGAAGGUUCCUGAAACAAAAGGCAUGCCCCUUGAAGUCAUAACAGAAUUCUUCGCCGUUGGAGCUAAACAAGCUGCAAGAGAAUAACUACAAUAGAGAUUUGAAACAUACUGUUUUCUUUCCUGAAUAUGAGGUACAUGAUGUCGAUGUGUUCAACCCUUUUAUCGCGACUUGAGGUGCUUCCCGCAUCUACAAAAAUGGUGGUGAUUUCCCAGAAGGAAGCGAAGUAAUCAGUGAUAAAGAUUGUGGUCAGAAGAGAACUCACUUAACUGUAAUUCAUAUUCUAUCUUUUUUCUCUUUGUACUUAGUCUUUCUGCUUGCUUCAAUUAUGAGUUCAGCUCUCUUGAGAGCUUUCAAGAUUUGGAUAUCAGUGUGUCAUUGGCACUAUCUGAUGUUAAUUUUUGAACAUUUUACUGAUACACUUAUUUAUUCUCCUUUCUUCCUAAUCGAAGUAGGCUUGGUUUCGGCUUACUGGUUGUAGUA